GAACUCUGUCACUGCUACUACAUCACUGAAGGGAAGGAAGAAAAGGGGAAAAUGGCGUUCAAUUCUGAGGAUCUUGAGAGCCUCGCCUCGAUGCUGGACAAAAACCGAGCCUUCGAGCGACCAGCUGGCCAGUCAACGGGCUUUAGCCUCCAGGAGCACAACGUUGCACCACAGGCUGGCACAUCCGGCGCAACGUCGCACAGCACGCUGGUAGCCACCACCGCGACCACCGCAGCGGGCAAGCCAAACCCAGCCGGCAUCGCGCUCCCGCCAACUGCCGUGGACCACCAGCUGAGGCUGCCGGCGCCGUCGCACGGUAAAGCGGCGGAGCGCAGGCGGCAGCUAGCGAAGCCCGCCGAGCCGCACGGCGAUGAGAUAUGGACUCAAUCUGAGCUACAAGAACGUUGCGCACGGCAGCAGCGAGACGGCCCGGCUCCACUGGCCGCGGCAGCGCGUGCGGUAGCGGCACACCACGCGAAGCAGCUGCAGGGAUCCCGCGGACAAGAGGAGGGCGGGGGAGCGCUGUGGCGUCCCUCCACGGCUGACGCCGGCAGCUACGAGGAGCCUGUGUACACGGUGCUGUACCAGCAUAACCUCUCCGCGGAGGACGUGUACCUUGGCGUGGACUUUACCCGCGACGCGUCCAGUGCGGCGAGCGACGGAGUGACGGUGCGGGUGGAGCUGCCGAAGGUGACGGCGGUGUCGGCGAUUGCGACGGAGGUGGACCCAUACGAGUUGCGGGUGUCGGUAGCGGGGGUGUACUACCUGGCUGCUGCGUUGCCGCGGCGGGUGCAGCGCACGGCGGCGGAUGCGGUGUGGGAUGCGCAGAAGAGACUGCUCACGGUGCGCUUAAAGGCUGAUCAAAGCGACGGCGACGUGAAGAUUGUGUCUUAG